CUGGCCUUUGUCUCCCCUCACUCCCUGACCAGAACACACAGACUUCAUCCAGCAAGGCUGUGAAGGCAGACGCCUGUUUCCACACAACACAGACGGCUGAACAGAAAUUUGAAGAGCUGCUUGCACAGUGUGGAGGAUUCCCCGGCUAGCUUUCCAUCUCCUCUUCUCCCUGCCAGCCGGUCACUGUGUUGCCCAUUGAUUCAUGGAUGUGACUCCCCAUUUCAACUCCAGAGGGUACCAUUAACUACCUACCUGCUGGAGAAAUCCUAGAUGUCAAAAUGACAGAACGCUUUGACUGCCACUACUGCAAGGAGACCCUGUUUGGCAAGAAGUACAUCCUGAGGGAAGACAACCCCUACUGCAUUAAGUGCUACGAGAGCCUGUACUCCAACACCUGUGAGGAAUGUAAAAAGCCAAUUGGCUGUGAUUGUAAGGAUCUAUCCUACAAGGACCGGCACUGGCAUGAAACCUGUUUCCACUGCUUCCAGUGUAAGAACUCGCUGGUGGACAAACCUUUUGCUGCAAAAGAAGAGCACCUUCUCUGUACUGAAUGUUACUCAAAUGAAUAUUCCUCUAAGUGUAGUGAGUGCAAGAAGACCAUCAUGCCAGGUACACGCAAGAUGGAAUACAAAGGAAAUAGUUGGCAUGAGACCUGCUUUAUCUGCCAUCGGUGUCAACAGCCCAUUGGAACAAAGAGUUUCAUCCCCAAAGACAAUCAAAAUUUCUGUGUGCCCUGCUAUGAGAAGCAGUUUGCUAUGCAGUGUGUCCAGUGCAAGAAGUCGAUCACUACAGGAGGAAUUACUUACCGGGAGCAACCAUGGCACAAAGAGUGCUUUGUAUGUACUGGAUGCAAAAAACAGCUGUCUGGACAACGUUUUACUUCCCGAGAUGAGUUUGCAUACUGUCUGAACUGUUAUUGCAAUCUCUAUGCCAAGAAGUGUGCAGGAUGCACUAAUCCAAUAAGUGGACUGGGAGGCACCAAAUAUAUCUCCUUUGAGGAACGCCAAUGGCACAAUGACUGCUUCAAUUGUAAGAAAUGUUCCCUGUCAUUAGUGGGCCGUGGUUUCCUCACAGAAAGGGAUGACAUCCUGUGUCCUGAGUGUGGGAAAGACAUUUAGAAGUAGUUUUAAAUAGCUGUUCAUAAAAUGCAUAUAUUUUCCAAAAUGAGUAAUGAUGUGUAUGGCUUUUGAUCAGAUGUGAAAAAUGUGAUGUCUUGUUGUUACAGCAAUUUACUAUAUAUACUAAUAAGUUAACUUUUCCCCCCUAGAUAUUAGUAAUGCAUUGGAGAAGGAGAAGUAACAAAAGGGAAGGUGAUUUUGACACUAGCUGUUAGGUAAUAAAUGUAAUUCAGAAUCACUUGUGAGCUAUUCAGACAAUAUCCAUAUAUAUUUCUUUUUAGCAGAUGGGUGCAGUGCAAAAUAUACUUUUCAAAAUGGGUCUUCCCAACAGAUUACCAUGACCACUGUUUAGCUAGAGCAAAAAAAUCAUUAUUUCUUAUGUCUCAUGGCAGAUGUGAAGGGGAUUAUAUGUAGGAAAUACAUAGAACGUUUUGUGUCUCAUGCCUUAAAAUGAGAGAUUAAGGCUGCUACUCUGAGUGUUGUUACAUUGGAAUAACUCUCACUCAGCUCUGUGGGAUUGUCUCUGAAUAAACCACACACAGGAUCAGAUUGCAUGAAAUUUAAAUGGAACACAAUAUUACACAGUAUUGAAAGAUCAGUGCACAAAGUACAUUUUUAGUUUUUGGUACUUCUUUUGAAAUUUCAUUUCACCGUGUAUUUUAUGAAGAAAAUGCAUUUCUAACAAGUCUACUGUGUUUUGGUGAAUGUUGAUGUUUUAAAAUUUACUUCUAAUAAAUAUUAGCAUU